GUUUUUUUUGUUUUUUUUUUUUUGGUUUUUCGAGACAGGGUUUCUCUGUGUAGCUUUGCGCCUUUCCUGGGACUCACUUGGUAGCCCAGGCUGGCCUCGAACUCACAGAGAUCCGCCUGGCUCUGCCUCCCGAGUGCUGGGAUUAAAGGCGUGCGCCACCACCGCCCGGCGAAAUGUCUGUUUUUAUACAAGGGUGCAUGGACCAAACAUUUCCCUUAACCUAAGUGACAUAGGUAAUAUGUCCUUAAUGAGAUAAGAAACUACUCAUUAUACAGUACAGUAGGUACUCUUACACUCUUUGUUUUAAUUCAUCUUUUAGUGAACACAAAAAUGGGUUUCCUGAUAACACUGUCCUACAUGUAAUGUGCCCUGUUUUAUGUUUAUGUAACUAAAGCUGAGGGAUUAGCAUAGUCACUGAACAAGGGCCUACAUUCUUUUGCGGGGGUGUUCUCUGGAGAACUCUGCUUGGUCUACCAUCCAACAUCAGGAUUACCAGGAACCAAGAGAGCCUGCACAUCCGGAUCUCGGGUCUUAAGGGCUCCCAUCUCCUCCCCGCCUCAGGGGCAGGCCAUAGGUAGGCGUGACAGUUACUGGAAGCCUCAAUGGGGGUAGUACUUCCAGGUCAAAGCUGGAACAGCUACCCACUACAUGCCCCAGUUUGUUUAUUUAUUUAAAUAGUUCCUACUACUAUUUGGCAAUUUAAUAUUUCCCAGUAUAAAAAAAUUCUAGAGUAUUAAAGUGCUGUUUACAGAAUAAGGAUUUUGGGUAAGACACUCAUAGCCCUUGUGUACUUAAGUAGAAGGUAUAUAAUUAUGUAUGUAACAUGUAUGUAAUGUCCUAUCUUAGGCAUACAAUCUAUAUGUUUAUCUGCACCACUGCCAAAUCUGUUGUGAGAACAUGACCUUUGUCUUACAUUCUAAUCACCUAGAACAGUUCUUAGUGCACAGUAGGCACUAAAUAAGCUCUUGCUGAAUACAUGACUAUACGGUUUUGUGGUAUAAACUGGGCCUCCAAGAACAGAAUGGAUGUAAUGAGUAAGGGUUUCUAUCAAGAGGAAAGUAGUAAGAGGCAAACCAGAAGGAAUACUUAGAUAACAGCAAAUGCUUUAGUCUGUUAGGCAGGAGGUAAAAAAUCUAGAAGGCAGCUAACUUAAGAAAAUGCCCUAAGAAUCCUAGACCUAUCUGGGUGGUGGUGGCUCACACCUGUAAUCCCAGCACUUAGCAGGCAGAUCUCUGAGUUCAAGGCCAGCUUGGUCUACAGAAUGAGAUCCAGGACAGCCAGGGAUACAUAGGGAAACCCUGUCUCAAACAAACAAACAACAAAACAAAAAACCAAAACACAAUCCUAGACCUAGCAGACAUGGGAGGCAAAGACAUGAUUGCUCUGAGUUUAAGGUUAGUCUGGGCUACAUGGUUCCAGACUAGCCUGUCUCAAAAAAAAAAAAGAGAGAGAGAGAAGAAAAAUCCUGGGGGUUCCAAGUUCAUUUGUUUCCAAUGAGAAAAACUGUUCUCAUUAAUCUCCAAUUCUAGCCUAAAUAUAAUGAGCCAUUAAAACACAACACACACCAGGGUCUUGUAUCUCAGGCUAGCCUUAAACACUAUUAGGACAAAGAUGACCCUGAAUUUCUGAUCUUCCUGCAUCACUUCCAAAGGGCUGGGAUUAUAGGUGUGUGCCACGAUGCCUGGCUUUUACAGUUCAGUCUUUAAUGAGGUUUUUUCAUGCUAGACAUAAACUGAGCAAUUUAUAUACAUUUAGUUCAUUUAAUCUUCUGUAUUAUCCCAGUUUAGAAAAGAAUGGGUUCUGUAAAAUAAUCAAUGUGGUACUAAAUAAAGGGGUGGGGGCAACAGAGCAAACAGAAUAGGAACAAGGAUUUAAUUUUCUAGUCAACAUCAUAGAACAGAAGAUGACUGAUUUCAAUUUUAGCCACAUUGAAUUUGACAGGGCACCCUGGUGAUGAUAAUGCUCAGUAACAAUGUAAGUACCUCCCAUCCACUGCAUUUUGAACAAAAUUCAAAGUUGAUAACAUGGCCUGCAAAAUCUAGCUCCUGCUCAUGGCUUAUGCCAUGUAUCAUGCUACACCUGCUUAUCUCAUAACUCCUUUCUUUAGCAGUGUCUGUGAAGCAAGCAUUUUCUCAUUUACUCAGUAACCAUUUGAGGUAGGAAAAAGUAUAUCCAAUUUAUUAAUAAAGCAAAACUUGUGCUGGGAAGACCUGAAGGCUAGAUGUCUUGUUACUUUUCUAUUGCUGUGACAAAACACCAUGACCAAAGCAACUUAGAAAAGAAAGCCUUUAAUUAAGUUUACAGUUUCAGAUCAUUAAAAAGAGUCCAUGAUGGUAGAGCAAAGGCAUGGUAGUAGGAACACCUGAAAGAUCACAUCUUGAUCCAAAACAGGAGGCCAAGAAAGGCACACUAGGAAUGCCAGGAGUCUUCAAAUGUCAGGACCAUUCUCAGAGCACAUCUUCAGGCAAGCUAGGCCUCCUAAUCCUUUGCAAACAGCUCCACUGACUGGGAGCCACAAAUUUAUGAGCCUGUGAGGUCAUCCAUUCUCAUUCAAACCAUCACACUGGAGAUAGGUAAUUUUCUAGUCUGUUCAGAACUAAAGCCGAAGUAUGGUUGCAUGGGGUUUCCCAAGCCCAUCCUCUAUGAUGGUUAAUUUUGUGAAUUAAAACUUGACUGGACUAUGAUAUUCAAGAUACUUGAGUUAAGUGUGUCUGGAUAAGGCCAUUUGAAUAUGUGUUUGUGGGUCUCCUGUAACCCAGCGAAGCCCUGAACAGACUAAAAAUCUUCCAUCCUUUCUCUCCAUUUGAUUCUUUGACUUGGGGCACUGGCCCUCCAUCCCCAGACUGUGCCUGGAACUUACACCUUAGUUCUGUUAUCCUUGUUUGGAAUGGAAUCCUGCCACACUGUUUGCUGAGUAUAGAUGCUGGGCUUCUUAGUCUCUAUAGUUAUGCGAACUAAUUACUUAUAGUAAACCUUACUGGUCCCACUUCUAUUGCCAACUGUUUCUGGCUCUGGACAACAUAAUUUCUUGGGAGAUGCCAGGCAAAUGCAAUUCCUCAGUGAGCUGGAUAGUGUUAUGUCAACUUGGCACAAACUGGGGUCAACUGAGAGGAGGGAACCUCAAUUAAGAAAAUGACUUCAUAAGACCAGGUUGUAGGCAGACCUAUAAGGUGUUUCUUGAUUAGUGAUUGAGGGGGAGGGCCCAGCCCAUUGUGGGUGGUAUUAUCCCUAAGGUGGUCCUGGGUUCUAUAAGAAAGCAGGCUGAGUAAGCCAUGGGGAGCAAAUUAGUAAGCAGCACCCUCCAUGGCUUUUGCAUCAGCUCCUGCCUCCAGGUUCCUGCCCUGUUUGAGUUCCUGUCCUGACUUCCUUUGAUGAUAAACAGUGAUAUGGAAGUGUAAGUCAAAUAAACCCUAACUUGUUCCCUAACUUGCUUUUUGGUCAUGGUGUUUCAUUACAGUAAUAGAAAUCCUAACUAAGGACGGGCGGUGGUGGCGCACGCCGUUAAUCCCAGCACUUGGGAGGCAGAGCCAGGCGGAUCUCUGUGAGUUCAAGGCCAGCCUGGUCUCCAAAGCGAGUUCCAGGAAAGGCGCAAAGCUACACAGAGAAACCCUGUCUCGAAAAAACCAAAAAAAAAAAAAAAAAAAAGAAAUCCUAACUAAGACACUUAGUUCUGAUGAUUAACUAGGACUCAAAGGAUUCAACAUUUCCCUGUAAUCAUGUUUAUUAUAGUAAAAGGAGAAUUUACAAAAGAAAAUGGUAUUUGGGAGAAAAUGAAAAAGAAACAAGGCACACUAAGAAUUCUCCUUUAGUCAAGUCAUAUAGAAUGAACUUAAUUUCUACAGCAUGGAGUGUGAUAAUAUUUAUGAAACAUCUUCAGCCAGAGAAGUUCACUAGACAGUGCCCAGAGGAGGCUGAUCACAAGAGCAUUUUCUACUAACAAAUGUCAAACUUCCCGGUUCCCAGGAGUGAAGCAUAAAUCUUGAUUGUUCCCUAUGGGAACAGUGAUCCACUCAUGAUUUAUGAAAUAGUAGGUAUUCUCCUGAAAUCCUAAGUUCCCAAAUGCUAGCCAGAGGCCAGUUCUGUAAGCCAACUUAAUUUUUUUCUUUUAAUUUUUUUUUUUUAAGACAGGGUUUCUCUGCAUAGCCCUGGUUGUCCUGGAACUCGUUCUGUAGACCAGAUUGGCCUAGGAAUCAGAGAUCUGCCUGCCUCUGCCUCCUGAGUGCUAUGAGCAAUAGCAUCAGCCACUAUGUCUGGCUUUGUCAGCCAACUUUUUAAAGGCAAGGACUGAACAAGGACAAGGGAAUGUUCAGCUGGAUCAUUUUCUUAAUUUGGUAAUAUUGUACUAAACUAAGUCCCAAGGACUGAACACUACUCAUAAGUUACCUGACAACAGUAAUUAGGAAUUAUGGUAAAUUCUUACCAAAUAGCUUGAUCGCCAAGAGUUAAAAGGUUAAAAGCUGAGAAAUUAAUCAUAUGUUUAAAGACUCUGUAAGCUUAAUUAAGUCCAUGGGUAUGGGUGUUGACAUGUUAACUAAUAUCCAAGAUACCUUAACAAUUCUUUCUUCUAAUUAACAAGAAUGAUUCAUGAGUUUUUAUUUUGUUUUUCUUUCUUUGGUGCAGGGAGGCAGGGUCUGACUUUAACCUAGAUUUGUUCAAAUUCACAGCAGUCCCCUUGCUUCAGCAUCUGAGAUCCUUAACAAUAAUCUUGCAAAACAGCAUUAGCCACAUUUUAUAGUUUCAGAAACAAAUUCAAAGAGGUUAACUUGCUCAGAAUUUCAGGACUUACAAUGCAGAGUUGAGAUUCUAAGCAGACCAGCAUAACUCACUGUCUCACUGUCCCUCAACGGUUUCUACUAAGGUGUUUAUAUAAAAGGUAUGUCUGAAGGGGCUCAUCUCUGAGGACUUCAAAGUCCUCUUGGUCUAUAGAUGACUGUCCCACUCCAUUUCAAAUCUGGUCCCAGGGCUCCAGACAGAGCUAUCAGUAUCAAGCUCAACUUCACCUCUUGUGACUAAAUCAUAGCUUUGCUUUAAAAGAGUAGCUAGCAUGCCACCACAGACCUUGAAACCAGUUCCGUGGAUGGUCACUAAAAACAUUUUCUUGGGUACAUAAUUAUCACAGAGCUCCUUGAAAAUUAUUCCUCUUCCUCUGGGUUUUGCCUUCUGUAUGUUUAUUUGAUCUUUACCACCAACACCACAUAAAUGCAUCAUCUUUCCAUGGUUGCAUUUACUGAGCAUCCUCCCAAAUUAAGCCAUCCUACUCCAAGCACUUUAAUAAAAAAAAGUCUUUGAGCUGGGCUUUAAGAGGAUGAGAAACCCCUUGGUUAAAAAACAAACAAAAAGUACAGAUUUCCAGAUCAAACAACUCAUACUUUGGCUUAAAAUACACUCUGGUUUAAAAAUCUGGAAUGUUGGUGUAAGGAGAUCAAAGGCACUUUCUUGGUGACUUACUUUUUUUUUUGUGGAAGGUGAAGCAAAGGAAGGAAAUUGGACUGAAAUGUUGAAUUAGUCAGGUAAUUUUCUAGGACUCAGCCUUAAUCAUUUCCAAAAUGCAGUAAGAAAAAAAAAGUUUCAUUAAAAUUACUAUAAGUAUACAUUUUUCAUGGGAAGUAUCUGAAAUUAAUCAGGUUCAAAAAAGCAAUUAAAAUGGGACCUGAAAUCCCAAAUUAGUAAUCAUACUUAGUGAGUACAAUAGAGCACACAGCGGGCUAAAUUUACUGAAGGUUUUUGUGUGUUUGCUACUAGGGACCAAACCCAGGUAUCCAAGCUAAGCAUGCACUCUUUUCAGAGAGCAACAUCUCCAGCUCCAACACUACCAUCUGUGGCCCAAUAAGAAACUCUCCCACGUCUGGAAUUUGUUCCUUUAGAAACCAGUCUUGAUACUCCCUGGUGAACUUUGGACAAGUGUUUCAAAAAUCUGAAGUCCCAUCCCCACCCCCAACCCCUCAGGCUUGAGAUGUCACUAGGAGGAUUUUCUCCUUGGUUUACUCCAACUGCUUUUGACCUAGGUGGAAAAAUCUGUGUGGGCUGGCUGGAAGGCUGGCCUGAGCUGUUCUCAAGUUACAGCCUCUUCCUCCUCCCUCAGGAAGUAAAGUCCACUGGCAGGAGUGUCUAAACCACUCUGCCCUGCUGCUGGACUACAAUGCCUGCUUGUUUUCACCAAGCAGCGGAAUGAAAUUCCUUAGGGAAAAAAAGUAACAUUUUAGGAAAAGUAACUAUUUUUCCUCCAAAUUUCCUUGUCUACAGAGGAUUCAUUUGCUGAACACAUCCUUAAAGGUAAGGUGGAAAUGGAACUGGGCCUUGGGUUGGUCUUCUCAGGGGCCUUGGAAUAACUGGAAUCUCUGUCCAGCCUAAUCAUCUAACAGAUGUCAGGCACAUGUACGAUACACACACAUCCCUGGCAUCUUUCUGUCCAGCCUAAUUGUCUAACAUGUUACACACAAGUGGGAGUGGGAGUGAGCGAGAGUGCGGGCGCGCACGCGCACGCAUACACACGCACACACACACACACACACACACACACACACACACACACACACACACACACACACACACACCAGCCUGCUUUAACAAUUGGAAAUGAGGGUAACACCCAUUCCUCAGAACACAUACAUUUUCUCUUUACCAAUAUAUAGGUAUUUACUUACUCAACUGUUUGAAGGUAGCACAGUAUGACAUUCCAAUCUUGAAUACCUAGCAUCUCUCAUAAGGUGGAGACUAGUCUCCUGCAGAAUCAUAAUUCCACUAUCACAUGCAAAAUAUUUAACUUCUAUACAGUACCCUCUAUUUCAGUUCAUUCAUAUUUCCCAAUUGGGCUUCCCAAUUUCUUUUUCUGAUGUAGUAUCCAGUUAAGAAAGAGAUAAUGUACUUGGUUGGGGUAUCUAGUUCUUUAAAAAACCUAAAUGCCAUAUAAAGGGGCUGUGUAAACCCAAGGUCCCCCUCCCAUUUAUUUUUCUUUAGAGUGAAGGGCUGGUUCCCAGAACUGGAAAGGGAACACAUGGCUUCCUCUAGAAUUGGCUAUAGGUGGUGGAGAUUCUGAGCACAAGUGGAGUGGCCAUUCCUGUCAAGGGAGUGAGGCUGAGCCCUUCUUUACAUCAGGCAGACUUCAUAUGUAACUAAGUGAGAAGGAAAAAGUAAAAUCACAGAACAAUUGCUUUUAUACCAUGGAGAAAAAAAUGAAAUUUAAAAAUUUAGCCAUGCACACCUAUAAUGCCAGCUUUCAGAAGGCAGGACUGCCUUGAGUUCUAAGCUAGCCAGAGCUACAUAGCAUGACCAGGUCUUAAAAACAAACACACACACACAAACCAAACAAACCCCACAUAAGUUUCAAUCACUUCCUUGGCUACUGAAGCAACUAUGUUUUGGCUCUGUCACAGUGAUCUUCUGUAUGUAACAUACAGGAAGUCUCAUGAUGAAGAGGGAAGAAAAGGCCCCCCCUUACACUAAAACCCUGGAUGGAGGAUGGGGAUGGAUGAUCGUGUUGCAUUUCUUCCUGGUAAAUGUGUUUGUGAUGGGGAUGACCAAGACAUUUGCAAUUUUCUUUGUGGUCUUUCAAGAAGAGUUUGAAGGCACUUCAGAGCAAAUUGGUUGGAUUGGAUCCAUCAUGUCAUCACUCCGUUUUUGUGCAGGUCCCCUGGCUGCUAUUAUUUGUGACAUACUUGGAGAAAAAACUACUUCCAUUCUUGGGACUUUCCUUGUUUCUGGUGGCUAUCUGGUCAGCAAUUGGGCCACAGGCAUUCCCUUUCUUUGUGUGACUAUGGGACUGUUACCAGGAUUGGGGUCUGCUUUCUUGUACCAAGUAGCUGCUGUGGUAAUUACCAAAUAUUUCAAAAAACGAUUGGGUCUUUCAACAGCAAUUGCCCGUUCUGGAAUGGGACUAACGUUUCUAUUGGCACCCUUUACAAAAUUCCUGAUAGAUCUUUAUGACUGGACAGGUGCUCUUAUAUUAUUUGGAGCUAUUACAUUGAAUUUGGUGCCUUCCAGCAUGCUCUUAAGACCCAUCCACAUCCAAAUAGAGAACAAUUCUGAUAUUAAAAGCAAAGGGAGCAGUUUGUCUCCAACUGGACCAGAGGUAUCAGACAGGACAGAAACAUCAUACUGCAAUGAGACACAAGAGUCUUCCAUCCAAGGCAUUUCUAUGAAGAAAUCUGGACCAUCUACUAAAAAUUUAACUGUCGUAGAAAAUCAAAGUGAAGAGUUCAGCAACAGGCCUCACAAGAACAGACUGUUACUUACGAGCAAUGACAAAAGUUACCAGAAAAAGUUUUUUUCAUGGAACUGUAAAAAUCUUUUAGAUAUUUCUCUCUUUAGAAAUCCUUUCUUCUAUAUAUUUACCUGGUCUUUUCUCCUCAGUCAAUUAGCAUAUUUCAUUCCUACUUUUCACCUAGUAGCCAGAGCCAAAACACUUGGAAUUGACGUAAUGGAUGCCUCCUACCUUGUGUCUGUAGCUGGUAUCACUGAGACCGUCAGUCAGCUCAUUUCUGGAUGGAUUGCUGAUCAAAACUGGAUCAAGAAGUAUCAAUACCACAAGCUUUACCUCAUCCUGUGUGGUGUGACUAACCUGCUUGCUCCUUUGGCCACCACAUUCCCACUCCUUAUGGCCUACACCAUCUUUUUUGCCAUUUUUGCCGGUGGCUACCUGGCACUAAUACUCCCAGUACUGGUUGAUCUAUCUAAGAAUUCUAGAGUACACAAGUUUUUGGGAUAUGCCAGUUUCUUUGCUGGAAUGGCUGUCCUUUCUGGACCACCGAUAGCAGGCUGGAUAUAUGACUAUACACAGACAUACACAGGCUCUUUCUACUUCUCUGGCACCUGCUAUCUCCUCUCUUCAGUCUCCCUGUUCUUUGUGCCACUGGCUGAAAGAUGGAAAAGCAAACAGUCUGACCAUCAACGGACUACAAUCAAGUAAGAGCUUAACAAAAGAAAAUCUAAACAAGCUGCUAGAAACAAAAGCUUAGAAGAAAAGUCUUUGUAAAAAUGAGAAAGUAAACCACAUAAUUAAGAUUCCUUCUUGCUUUAUAAGCACUGUCAGGAAUGUCCAAUUGGUGGAAAGAGCAAUAGCAACUUAAAUUGUUGGUACUUAAUCAAACAAGCUAAAAAUUGAAUCAGUUGAAGCAGCUACCUUACCUAUUGAAUGAAAAUCAGAAUGUACUAUAAUAAAUAAAUCCAAACUUUCAUUUGUGCUAUGGUAAUAUAUGACAACUGUAAACUAUUUUUUAUUUAAAUAUAGUAAUUGGUUGACUAGAGCUCUAAAAUCUGAAUAAAGCCUUACUUAGUGACAAGAAUGGUAUAUCCCCUCCAAAACAAGUUUAUUGUUGUUUAUGGACUAUAAGUAAUCUUCAAUUAUUUGGUCUCUUAAAUUUCUAGUGAACUGCUAACAAAAAUAAAACUUGAUAAAAUCGUUAUAACUUUUUUUUCUUUCUUUUUUUUUUUUUGGUUUUUCGAGACAGGGUUUCUCUGUGUAGCUUUGCGCCUUUCCUAGAUCUCCCUCUGUAGACCAGGCUGGCCUCGAACUCACAAAGAUACACCUGGCUCUGCCUCCCAAGUGCUGGGAUUAAAGGCGUGCGCCGCCGCCGCCACCACCGCCCAGCUGAUAAAAUCUUUAUUUGAUGAUCAUUUGAAUGGUAUUACUGUCCACUUAAACAAUAUUAUCUUUUCACUACAUUUAAUUAUCUAAAAUAUUUUUAUUAAGCAUCAAGAUGACUCUUCAGAGCUGUAAGUUCCAUAUGGAAGUUGAAGUGGUUUUAGGAGGAAAUAUGUUUAAAUCAAAAGGUGGGUGCCAUUUAUGGUUAAUAAAUAAUGGUUCUUGCACUAAGCAUUUGCCUGUGAAUAAUGAACUUUUCUUGGCUGUUUGGGUGAUCUUUAAGAGGAUAAAAAGGGUUUUCUAAGUAGGGAAUGGCGGCAUAUACCAGAAGUCCCAGCAGUCAGAAGACUAUAAAGCAAGAACAUCUUUAGUUUGGAGUUUAGUGUGGGCUACACAGUAUGAACUGUGUCCAAAAUAAAAACCAUUUUCUCCAAUAUAACCUCCCUUAAAAUCCUUCAGAAUGUUCCAACUAUUAUUAUUCUACCCUUUACUCUUCUCUACUUUCAAACAUCUACUGACUCCUUAAUAAAGAAAAACCCUAAACUGAAAGCUUAAAUUUGGUUCCAAGAUGCACACCUUGAUACUUUCCAAAUAAGCCUUUGUGCAAAUUUUGCUAUCUGCUAUAAUUCCAGCAGUGUGCCUUCUGUGACCAGGUCUACUUACCAUUUACAAUCUGACUAAAUCAAUAUUCAAUGGAACAACUUUCCCAACUUGUGGAAGGAAUUUCAUCUAACUUCCUUUACAGUGCUGGAGACUGAGCCCUUGGCAGCAUAGGCAAUCACACUACCACUAAGCUACUUCUCCAACUCCCUGUCUAGUUUUAAACUGAGCACUCUAGGAACUCACAUUUCAAUUUUCUCUAGUUUGAAAGAUCAACUGACAAUAUGUUACAUAACUACUUUCCAGGAAUCUAUAACAUAGGACUACCACCCCAAAUACAUACGAAGUUUAAGAAAAGCACAAUAUUCAUUGAAUAUUUCCCCUUUUCCUCAAUAGAGUCCUAUGGGACAAAAAAUACAUAAAUAAUUGUGUGUAUGGGUACAGGAAAAACUCAGUAUGUCAACAUCUAAUAAUGUAACUGUCAACACAAUGUGUACUUAAUUUUUUCUUUUAAAUUUUCAGACAGGUUCUCAGGAAAUUGCCCAUCUUGGUCAAUAUCAUGAAUUUACGGAAUUUUAAUUCUGUACGUAGCCCAUGCAGCCCUCAAUUUUGCCUCAGCCUCCUGAGUAGCUUGAAUUACAGACACACACACCAGUUUUCAGCUAGCUGGCACUUUUUGUAUAAAGUAUCUAAUUUCAUAUAUUUAUUUAUAUGGUCUUUUGUGACAGGAUCUCAUGUAUAGCUCAGGCUAGCCUGAAACACUAGUAGCUAAGGAUGAUCCUGAACUUCUGAACCUCCUACUUCUAUCUCCCUGGUGCUGGGACUACAGGCAUGUGCCACCAUGCCUGGCCUAAUAUUUUUUAGGGAGGUGGGCUAGGAUGGGGGAGAGGACAGGGUUUCUCUGCACAGCCCUGGCUAUCCUGGAACUUACUCUAUAGACCAGGCUGACCUUGAACUCAGAGAUCCACCUGCUGGGAUUAAAGGCCCAGCUGCCUAGCCUAAUCUAAUCUUAAUCUUCAUACAACCUUUUGGAGCUUUAUCUGUAGUGCCCAUUUUCCAAAUGAGUAUUAAAAAUCAAAGAAACCCAAUAUUCAGUAAACAGUGAAGUCACAGCUCAAACAAUCAACACAAAACCUCCCCAUUCUUCCUUUAUAUUACCUUUACUUCUUGACAAGUACCAACAAAAUAUAAAAACCAACUUCACUGAAAUAGCUAUAAAUUUGUUUUAGCUCAACGAUGACCUAAAACUAUACUAAGAGUAAACCCACUUCCUAAAAUUAAAACCACAACCAUUAUCAGAGAUUACCUGCUACAGUGUAACAACAAUGCAGCUUCCAGAAGAUGACAAGUGAAUAAAUGAAUAGCUUUAAUAAUUUUCUAGUCUCCCAGUGGCAAAUUCCCUUGAGCCAUAGGCUAAAUCCAUUUUGUCACAAAUAUUCACUCAUGUUGACUCACAUUUAACACUUGUGUUCUUAAAAACAACAACGAAAAAUUACCAAGUUACAUGGACUCAGCUUUUAGAAUGUUUAAUGUUUUAUUACUAGGGGAAAAACUAGCAUUGCCUAGAAUCACUAAGGAAUACAGGACAAGUCAUUUUUUUAAAAGAUGAACCUCUCAGGGCUGGAGGUUAAGACCUCUGGCUGCUCUUUCAGAGGACUGAAGUUCAAUUCCCAGCACCCACAUGGAAGUUUAUAACCAUCUAUUUGUAACUCCAGUCGCAGGAAAUCUGAUUCAUCUUUCUGGCUUCCUUAGGCAUCAGACACACAUGUGGUAAACAGAAAUAAAUGAAGACAAAAAACAACAACAGCAAAAACAAACAAACAAACAAACAAACAAAGCCAGACACGAAUCCCUAGAAAACAUAUUAAAAACAAAACAGAAGGACAAACCUAUGGUAGUACCUGAAAUUCCUAUACGCUGACCUAGGAGGAUCAUCCUGAGUUCCAGGCCAGCCUGAGACUCCCGUACACUGAUCCACUCCAGCAGAAGUUAUUGUCCUGUGGUGGUAUUUUAUUUGUACUGAAAUGUGAUUUUAAUUGUAUGUUAAUAAAUAAAGUUGUCUGGGGGUCAGAGCUAUUAGAGCCAUAGCAAGUGCGUGACGGCGGUGGCGCACGCCUUUUAAGGACCUGGAGGGCGGUACAUUCAGGCAGUGACGAGGCAGUCACAUGUUUGGGUUUACAACCAAUGAGAAGGCAGAACAGCUAGACUACAUAAAGA